GAUUUCGGUCCUAUUCUUCAGAAGAAACAGUGACGUCCGUUGCUCUGAUUGGGCAACUCCACGCCUGGCAGCUUCACCAAGGAAGUGUCAUAAGAGGAGCAGUUAGUGUGGUACUAGACUCAAAGUAGUGAAGACAACUCCAACUCUCAAACAGAAGAAGAUGCUGCCCAAAAACAACAGUAAUGGUUCUGGACCAUGUGAGGAUGGGAAACAGCCCAUGUCCCUCAUCGUCCUCCUGUGCCUUGUCUUCUUCUUGGGCUUCCUCCUCAACGCCUUCAGCCUCUGGGUCUUCUGGUUCCGGAUGCCCCGCUGGACCUCUGGAACCACACUGCAGUUCCACUUGGCCCUCAGCGACGCCAUCGCGUUCCCAGUCAUUCCAAUGAUGGCGGUAUACUUCGUCAUUGACAACAAUUGGACCUUCGGACGGGCUCUGUGCCAUGUCAACGUCGCUCUGCUCAGUGCACAUUUCUACGGCAGUACCAUAUUCCUCACUCUCAUCAGUAUCCAUCGGUACACAGUUGUGGUGCACUUCAGCAAAGGCUCAUGUAUGAAACGAAAGCCGUUUGUCAAGAAGCUGUGUGCAGGAGUUUGGUUUGUGAUGCUGAUCCAGGCUCUGGUCUAUGCUCUUGUGCUUCAUCCUAGCACAGAAAACGGAAACAGUCAGUGUCUCUCCAUCCAUCAGAGGAACCUGACCAACACCUACUUUGUCAUUAACUUUUUCCUGUUCAUCUGUGGGUUCUUUCUCCCUUUCGUUGUGUCUGUUGUGUGCUACACCCUUCUGGCAGACUCCUUAACCCGCCUCAACACAAGCACAGCUCAAGGUCUGAAGGUCAAGGUGAAAUCUCAGAGGAUGAUAGGCAUGUGUCUGGUGAUAUUCGGGCUGUGUUUCCUGCCUCUGCACGUGAUACGAACUGUGGGAGUGGUACUUACGAAAUACUACCCGCUCAAAUGCCACAUUCUCCUGCAUAUUGAGAAGGCGUAUUAUUCCUGCUGGAUCCUAGCAGGAGUGAACAGCUGCCUGGAUCCAUUGUUGUACUGUUUUGGUUCUCAAAACUUUCGAGACAUAUUUAAGUCCCUCAAAAUUGUGCAGGGAGAUGCUCCAAACAGGAGUGAUUCAGAAAUGUCUGCGAAUCAGUAGCAUGGAGUCAGGAAUUAUUGGAUACUACCAAUAGGAGGGGGCCAAGAUUUAGUGUUGGUGGAAAGAACAGGUCCAGAUCAAGUAAGUGAGGGUGAACCAUCUACCUCCUAAUUUCACAAACGUCUGUAUGAGGAACGCACAAAAUUCUUCUUAUAGACUUCUCACAUGGCAUGUGUGUUGUAAAUUGCCGGCGAAAGGGAAGUGCUGUUUUGGGUUUGAUUUGGACACGUGAUACGUUCAAUAAUAAUAAACAUUUGGAUAAACAACUGUCUAGCGCUCAGUGGCGGGUGGAGCAAUCAAGUGGCAACCUACCAUGACGUCAUCCACUGGUUUUGAACUGCCAUUCAGAAACCGAGUGUUUCGAUAUUUGAUCAGUGCCAUAUUGCCAUUUUGUAUUUUGUCUGUUGUUUUUCAGUUUCACAUAGCAUGGGUUUUACACUGCUGAGGUGAGCACUGUACUGUCAUAGUCCUUUUUAACAAUGAGCCCUUUUCCAUUGCUCCAGGUUAUAGCACUAUGUUACUUUAAGUCAAUGCAGCAGUGUCCCCCCAGAAUCUAAUGUGAUGUAUCUUGCAAUACAGUGUACAAAGGAAAUAUUAGUGGCUGUUUAGUUUGCAGGGUUUGUAGUCUCCCAGAACUCAUACCGCCCAUUAAGUUUAUUUUAGUUUAGUGGAUUAGCAUGCUAAUAUUUCCUCAUUUGGACUUGAAACCAGAUGCAGACUUACGUAAGUGUAUUGGCAAGUUCUCCUUUCUUCUUAAAUGCCUGGUUAUGACAUUCUUGUUCUUAAUUAUUUGAUUUCCUUCUACUGUGGUAAGGUUUAAGUACCAGAAUUUAAAUAACAAAUCUACACUGUAAGUCAUAAUCUGUAUUAUAAGAAUUUCCCAUAGAAAUGAUGAAGCAAUAGAGGGGAUCGUGGCCACUAAAUCCCAAUUAUUUUACGUACUGGAAAAACCUAAAAACUAGAAGUGAAUCUUUUUUUAUAGAUGUUGACAUAUUGAUAUAUUGGAUGAGCUGCUUCAUUGAAAGAUCCUAAAUCUUUUUGUGAUUUCACUGUUUCUUAGGCCUACAUAUUUUUUAACUCACGUAUUUACUUUGUCACAUUCAAUAAAAAAUUGUUACAGAAUAGAUACAA